AUGGAACCACAAGACGAUGGAUUUGUGAGCGGCGGCCCGACUCCGAGGGACCCGCCUGUUGAUUUUCCUCCGGACUUCCAACGUGAUGCCGCUUCUUCUCCGCCACGCCGUGAAAAAGAAAUAGUCACAUCAACGCCAUAUGUGGACAGCAAAGUUUCAACAAACCGCGCGGCACUCGACCGUCACUUCGGCAGAAGACCACGAGUCGAUUCCGGUCAGUGGCUUCGCCCGGGUACAUCUUCUACAGACUCGGAGAGUACAUCCUCAAUAUCCUCGCGCUACUCCACCGCGGCGACCAGUUUAUGUUCCAUUGAUGACGAAUUCAUCGAGACUUUCCACGCUAAGCCCACGGCCGCAGAAGCGGAUAUGAGUCGUGUUCUUGAUAACGUCAGUGGAGCGCUAAAUGAGUUUCGUCGCACCGAAAACCAGCGCCGGGAGAAGCAGGAGCUAGAAGCUAUCAAUAAAAAGUUACGUAAUGAAAACCAACGACUCAACGAAACCCUGAAUCAGACGUUGAAGAUGAAUGAAAGUAGGGUGGAGGAAAAAGCCGAAACUUCGGAGGAGAGGUAUGCGCGACUGGAGCAGGAGCUUCGCUUGAUUCUGGAGCAAAUGCAGGAGCUCAAGGAAGUAGCCGGUGCGGAUGUCUUUGUUCAUGCUGAAGGUACGGUUAUUCGUCGGCUCGGGGAAGACAAGGAAAUACAAGUGGAAUCUGAGAUGCCACUCCCCAAAACACCACCGCCUGCUCUCGUCGAUCGGCCAGAAUACGAUCAACUAUCACAUCAUUUGGAGCAGCUGACAAGGGCCAGAGAAGAAGAUGCUAUGCUACUCGCCAAACUGGCUGCUGAACGUGACCAGGCUCUUUACAACGCAGAGCAAAUCAACGAGCUGAAAAUUGCGAUCGAAGAACAGUAUCAACAACUUACUGAAAGUGCCGAGAAGCUGGUGACUGAGCAAAAAAUCGAUCGUCAGCACAUCCGACAACUCCAGCAGGCCUAUACCCAGGAGAAGAACAAGGCUGAGGGCAAGCUGAAGUCUGCGGAAGCGGAAAUAGUCGCUCUACAGGAGAACAAGAAGCUUGCCGAUGAGCAAGUUACUGCAACAACCAUAGAACUGGAUGCGUUGCGUCAGCGGUCGGGCUUACUCGAGACCCGCAUUUCCGAGCUUGAGACGGAAAUAGAAAAAGCAGGAACCGACGCGGGUGAUAGGGUGUCGCGUGCUUCCUUCGAAGCUCAGUCAAAGCAGUUCCAUCAAAUCUGCGGUCAGCUGAGAAUGGAAGAGGAGAAUGUUGAGGCUUUGCGCAAAGAGCUUGUUUCUUUGAAGCAAAAAUUGAUUGAAUCCGAGGAGAGGAAUGAACGACUUUUGGAAGAAAUGAGCAGCGAGCAGAUAAAAGCUGAAGCGGCACUGAAUGAACGUGACAGAACGGAGCGUCAACUGAAAAAUGUUGAGGAAGAGAAAGCGGCCCUUGAAAAACGUGUCCUCGAGGUCAAGCAAGCCAAAUCAUCCAGCUACCAAAGAGAGAUAAAUAUGAUUGCCGAGGAACGUGAUGGGUACAAGCGCGAUGUCGAGAAGCUUACGAAGGAGGUUGACUUUUUGAGAAUGAAAGUCAGUAAGGCGGCCACGGAGACGACCACAAAAGAGGCUGUCGAUCAGCUGAAAGCCGUCACCGAGGAGCGAGACGAAGCUCGUCUGCGUUGCGACCGUCUGGAGAAAUCGACGCACGACCACUUCACCACCGUACGCGAGAUGGCCGAGCUCAAGGGACAGAUGACCGUCGCGGAAAGGCAGGUUCAGGCGAAGGAUAACGAAUUGCGGGAUCAGGGCGCACGCCUCCUGGAAACGCAGAAGCAAGUUGAGGAAUUCCGCUACGCCUAUCAAGAGCAACAACUGAAAAACGCCUCUUUGGAAGCGGAAAUCCAGCGGAUUGAGCACGAAUGCCAGCAAUUCAUCGAACAAAUAGCCGAACUUCGACAGGAACACCUCGAGCACGACCACAAUGCAACGAUUGCCGAUCUACUGACGGACCCGAUGCGCCAGCUAAUCGAACAGUUGAAAACGGCAAGGGACGAAGUCCGCCAAACCGUCGAUGCGCUAUUGAGAACUCGUCUUACGGCAACUGACCCUCCGCCAAAUCAACCCGUAGCACAAGCGCAGCCUCCUGUCGUGCACGAUGUGGUUACCGAGAAGAUACGCGAACUCUAUCAACGACUCGCCGAGCAGGAAAAAGAGCAAACAUCCGGCGUACCCGUAGCAGCGGCUAGGGCUCUGCGCAACCUGCUGCACGCCUUACUUCAAGAACUCAACAACACCACCGCUGAAAAUAUGGCCUCGGACUUCUUGAACUCGGUGGGCGACGCGCACGCCCGCGCGAUGGACUCGGUGGCAAAGGCGCUGGCCGAUGCCGAGGUGGCCUACGCACAGUGCAGCGAGCAACUGAACAUCUUGGAAGACAAGUACACGACCGACUGCGAGACCUACCGGGCGCGUUGCAAGCAAACGGAAGCCCACAACAACACUCUAAAUGAGAGGUACCAAAAGUUGGAGCAGCAAAUGGCACUAUUAACCCGCGCACACAAUCCGGAAGCACAAAAGCAGCUGGCUGAAGCUCUUCGUCAAAUUGAAAAUUUACGCGGUCAAGUCUUCCGCGCCGAGAAGGGACUCCAGGAAGCCUGCCAAGAUAUUGAAGAGGCCGAUCGAGAACAGAAUGUGCAGCUCAAGGAAAUGCAGCGGCUCAUCACUGAAAUGGGCCACAUACGCGACGAAUUGAAGGCACGGGACGAGGACCUAGUCCGAGAAAAGUAUCACUCGAAGGAACAAGUUGAAAAAUACAAACUACGCCUCGAGAAUGAGCAAAAGCAGCACAAUGCGACGGCAACCCAGCUUCUGAGCGUGGAGGCCGCUCUGGCCAAGGAAAAAGAACUGCACGAGCUGGAUAAGCACACGAACUUCGAAUCUGUGAAGCUGAUCAUCCGCGGCAACAGUUUCUACAAGCAGCUUUUGGCCAACAAUAAAGCCAAGUAUUCCGAGCUUUUGGUGGGGAUGCGCGCGCUCGUUUCAAGGAUCAAUGAAUGUGGUGCGCAGUGUGACCCCGAACCUAAGAAUCCUGGAGCCAUAGAAGUCCAGCUACGCGAGAUGCAGCAACACUACGGUGCAAUGAUUACAAAGGCGGAAGACCAGCAGCGAAAGGAGGACGAGGACGUUGAACGGACGAUGGCCGAAGACGAGAAUGCCAUCACCUAUAUUGAGAAGACGCUGAAGGUCCAGCACUCCAGACGGCCGCCCGGAAAAGCCUCUCGUACGGUCCUCACGCGCAGCAACAAA